AUGUCAGAGACUGGCGAGGAAGCCAACGGCGAUGUUAAAACCGUGGAAGGGAUUUUAAAAUUGAAAGGGAACGAUGAACUGAAAUUCGGAUUGUUGAUCGGACUAAUCGAGCUGGAGCAGGCGUCAAACAAGGAUGUCGUUGACACGGUCCUUUACCUGCUGGUCGGCGGGGAGUUUGACAUCGAGAGCAACUUUGUCAUCCAAGAUCCCCAGAACAUCCUACACAUGCUCAAGUUGUUGGCCUCCUGCUCCCACACACUCCAG